UAUAACCGCUUGUCUGUGUUUACACGAAGCGGACAUAUAUUUAAUGACUGUUUUGUAGGCUAAGUUACUUUACUAGCUGUGAUCAAGGAAUCAAGGAAAAUAACAGCAAAGUUAUUUGUGGACUAUUCGCUUGACUAUGCAUCCCCACCUGCAGUUGCUUUUGGCCUAGUUCCGUGCCUGUGAUCGUGCCCUAGUGGGCACGCAGGGACCACACGCUUUCGGCGGUGAUGCCAGGCACAGCUCAGAUCCGAAGACCGUCAGGUGGGAGUACAGUCCACCCGGAGGAGCGGAAAGCAAAGGGCGUCUCAACCCCCGACAAACUGGCCACCUCUGUGAUGGCCAGUACUUUCAGAAUACCCAAGAGGAAGUCCCCUGAGGACAAGUGCACACAGAUGGAGUCACCUUUAUCCCGCCUCCAAGAUUCCCAUGAUCAGAAGAUGCAGUGGACCAGGUUCUCGGAUAAUAGCAGGAGGUCUCAUGGUUGCAGCAGGCCUGUGAAUGGAAAUCUCUCCUCCAAUCGCAGUCGAAUGUCACCCGGCAGCUGCAAUGUAGGGAGCAUGCGUGCCAGGCUGGUCCUGACAGACAUCCUGAAGACAGAGCUGGGACGGCAAUACCUGAGCCGAGGAAGGUCGCGGCCCAAGCGGGCGUCGGACACGCUGUGCCAGGGUCCGUGGCGGGACGGCGGCUCCUGGAGGUCCGGCCCCCAGGGGAGAGGUCUGGACGGGGCCGGGGGGUUGGACAGGAGGCGGCCCCUCAUGAAGGACACCACCCUGCCCCUCAGGGAGAGGGAGAGAGCCACACCCGAGGGCCUCAAGCGCACAAAAACCCCCUCCCGAAAUGACCACUACACUACAGCAGGAAACAAAGAGGAGAGGAGGAAGGAUGUUCCGGUUCGGAGGAACGGAGAGGGCAGCCGGAACGGAGCGGCGGAGAAGGACGACGGGGGGCAGUGCGUUGCGGGACAGCACCGGGGCAGCGUCCUCCAGCACUCGGACAGGGGGCCGGGGGGGACCCCGAAACGCCACGCCGCGGAGCUCCAGGGGAGACCCCGCUCCACCGGCUCCACCUCCGGCUCCGACCGCCAGACGCCCCCCAGGCACGGGGACGGGAGGCCCCCGCCCCCGCUCGCCCCCUCCAGCCAGCCAAAGAAAGCCAAGCUGAGCCCCUCGGAGCUCAUCGUUCUGUCCAGUGACGAUGGUGAGGAUGAAGACGCUGAGCCUGGCCCCGCUCCCCCUCAGGUGCGGGUUGUUGCUCCCAGGACAGAGACGCAGAGCGACCUCCGCCCAGAGGAAGAGUCAGAACAUGAUGAACACGACGAAUUCAGCGCACAGGCUGUUGGUGAGGAGCUGGUGUCUCCGUUGGUGAUCCCUGGUUUGGAUGUAGAGGAGCCCACCGAUAUGCCCUCUUUCAUUGACCUGGCCUUCUCCGCCCUGUACGUGGGCACGCUGAGGGCAGAGUCCAACGGCAACAUCUCUAUCACCAAUGACAGCAUCACCAUUCCUCUGAAAGACUCCGCGGGCGUGGUGGAGGUUGCCGUGGCGCUGGUGACCUCGGAGCUGCGGCGGUACGGGAUUUGGGACGGGGGCGUCCUGGAGCCCACGGACGGGCCCUCGGCCGAGCCCACUCCCUCUCUCCUCUUCCUCUGGGUGUCGCCCGCCCAGGCGCGGCUGCUCCAGGUCGAGCUGUCGGCCAUUCACCCUGUCCCCUUCUCAGUGUUGGCCAGCCCCUUCCUGCUGAUCAGUCUGAGGGACAAUCUGGAGAGUCUGCACGGGCUGCUGCUCAAGUCCUUCAUGGAGGUGCUGGCACUGCAGUGCGGCAUACAGGACCUGAUGCAGCCAAUCACCUGGAGCGAGGGCGUGGCCCUGAUCCACAGCUCCGGGCACCACGGCCACCUCCUCUCUCUGCUGGGCCAGGAGCCCGACCAGCUGGACCCCGACCAGCUGGACCCCGACCAGCUGGACCCUGACGAGCUGGACCCUGACGAGCUGGACCCCGAAGAGCUGGACCCCGAAGAGCUGGACCCCGAAGAGCUGGACCCCGAAGAGCUGGACCCUGAGGAGCUGGACCCCGAGGAGGUGGACCCCGAGGAGGUGGAGCCCGAGACGGAGGCGCAGGAGGAGACAGAGCCCCACUGCAGCCCUGCUGAGCGGGAGAGUCCGGCUCCGCCCAAGCCGGCCUACACGGUGCGGCACUGCCGGAUCGGGGGCUCGUACUCCGUCUCCCUCGCCCCUCGCCCCGGCACGGCCUGGAGCCGCUACAAGCACCAGGGCCCGCCCCGCAGGUUAAUUCUGUUCCCCCCGCCUCCGUCCAAGGGCGGAAUCACGGUCACCACCGAGGACCUGGAAUGUCUGGACAGCGGCGAGUUCCUCAACGACGUCAUCAUCGACUUCUAUCUCAAGUACCUGAUGCUGGAGAAGGCUCCCAGGGCGGUGGCGGAGAGAUCGCACGUCUUCAGCAGCUUCUUCUACAAGCAGCUGACCCGCAAGGACAACGUCAGCGAAGAGACGUCCGGCUCAGGAUCCUCAGCACAGCACAGACGGCACCAGCGGGUGCGGACGUGGACCCGGCACGUGGACAUCUUCAGCAAGGACUACCUGUUCGUGCCUGUCAAUCAGGAGGCGCACUGGUACCUGGUGGUCGUCUGCUUUCCUGGCCUCCUGGAGCCCCAGAGCGAGGGAUGGAGCCGGGAGAACAGCCAGGACAGAGAGCCCUGUGGGAAGGAGGGCUACCCAUGGACUCCUGCGCACAGUGUGCCGGAGUGUACGCAGCUGGGGUGCAAGAGGGGAACUGUGUGUAAAAGACCCUGCAUUCUGGUGAUGAACUCUCUGAAACUCUCCUACCAUGAGCGCGUUCUCAAACUCGUACGCGAGUACCUGCAGGUGGAGUGGGAGGUGCGGAGGAAGACUCCUCGGGAUUUCACCCCGGAGCAGAUGAAGGGCUCUCAGAGCCGGGUCCCUCUGCAGGACAACAGCAGCGACUGUGGGCUCUACCUGCUGCAGUAUGUGGAGAGCUUCCUACAGAACCCAGUGGUGCACUUUGACCUCCCCGUGCAGCUGGAGCACUGGUUUCCACGGCGACAGAUACGCAGCAAGCGGGACGAGAUUCGGCAGAUGGUCCUGCGGCUGCACAGCAAACAGCAGGGCAGCGGGAGGUAGCGCAGCCGGCCUGCGCAGACAGACUGCACCGGACACUGCUGACUGCGCAGACGGGCGGCACCGGACACUGCUGACUGCGCAGACCAGCUGCACCGGACACUGCUGACUGCGCAGACCAGCUGCACCGGACACUGCUGACUGCGCAGACCAGCUGCACCGGACACUGCUGACUGCGCAGACAGACUGCACCGGACACUGCUGACUGCGCAGACGGUCUGCACCGGACACUGCUGACUGCGCAGACAGACUGCACCGGACACUGCUGACUGCGCAGACCAGCUGCACCGGACACCGCUGACUGCGCAGACCAGCUGCACCGGACACUGCUGACUGCGCAGACGGACUGCACCGGACACCGCUGACUGCGCAGACCAGCUGCACCGGACACUGCUGACUGCGCAGACGGUCUGCACCGGACACUGCUGACUGCGCAGACCAGCUGCACCGGACACUGCUGACUGCGCAGACGGACUGCACCGGACACUGCUGACUGCGCAGACAGUCUGCACCGGACACUGCUGACUGCGCAGACAGACUGCACCAGACACUGCUGACUGCGCAGACAGACUGCACCAGACACUGCUGACUGCGCAGACGGACUGCACCGGACACAGCUGACUGCGCAGAUGCCUGCUGCCUUGGUGAAAAUACAGUGGCCUCUUUUUAUAGUUAAAAAAAACUAAACAAAAAAACGUUUAAAAAAAGGCUUAGCUAUAUUUUUUUCUUUUACAUAUUUUAUAAUUUAUUUUUUACAUCACAGAUGUUGUGAUAUUUGAAUCUUUUUGGAAUGUGAUGUGUAAUGUACAUACGCUUUAAGGUUUAUUAGAGAAGUUGCUAUUGUCAUCAUGGAUCAAACGCGCGGUCAUGUUUUUACUGUCUUAAUCCAAUAGCUUUAAUUUAUGUUGCCUCAUGAACCAACGGGCAUUUUAUUUUGAAAGAGCUAAUAAAUUUUAAACAAAGAAA